AUGACAAUUGAAGUGUUUGGAAGUUUUCAAGCAAUUGCUGUUUUAUUUGCCGUUGUAGUAGGUGACGAGAUAGACCUCAGCACCACCAUAGAUUACACGCAGCUGGCAAAAGAAGCUGAAAAUAAUAAGAAUGACUUGAUAGGAUUUCUAAAUCAAAAAACGGUUCGUGAUAAAUAUAAGGAAUUAUACACAACAUUGUUAAACAACCUGAUGGGAGCACGCCGCACUGGGUCAACUCGGCGGAUUGUGUCGGGGCAGAACACGUCGAUAGCGGCGGUGCCUUGGCAGGUGUCGCUGCGAGAGAAGACCUACCCUAUCUGCGGCGGCUCCAUCAUCACCGACCUCUGGCUGCUCACCGCCGCGCAUUGCCUUAUCAAGUCUCAUGCCAGUGAACUGAGCGUACGUCUGGGCUCGUCGUGGAAGACCCACGGGGGCGAGAUGUACGACGUAAAGCAUUGCUUCGUUCACCCGCGUUACGCCAGCAAGACGAAGAGCAACGACGUUGGCCUCGUGCGGCUGUAUGCGCCGCUACGAUUCUCGGCACGCGUGCUGCCCAUAGGACUCGUUGCCAAAGAGACCAAGCUGCUGGCCGAUCAACCGGCUAUAGUGUCGGGAUGGGGAAAACUGCGCGAAGGCGGGCCCAGCGCGACGUAUCUUCAGUCCUCCACCAUAAAGACUAUCGCGAUGAAGUUGUGUCGGCGCUCGGGGCUCGACAGAAAGUCAAUCGAUCCGGCAUCCAUGUUCUGCGCUGGCUCUUUUAGCCAACCUUCGCCAGACGCCUGUCAGGGAGAUAGCGGAGGGCCAAUAGUCCAAGACGGCGUGCUUAUAGGAGUGGUGUCGUGGGGCCUGGGCUGCGCGCGAGGAAACUUCCCCGGCGUCUACACUAGACUUUCCAACCCUGUUAUAUGGGAUUGGCUGCAGAAUCAUUUUACAAAUAAAUCAGUUAAUGAACAUAAUAAAUUAUUGUAAAGUGUAAUCUUUCUUG